UGUUCAUAAUAUAAUCUAAAAUAUGACAGGCUCUAGGAAAUUUUGGAGAUAUACAGAUAUGCACGGUAACAUACUUGACCAAUCAUGAAAGUCAAUUGUGAUAAUUCAUGCUGGAAGCCAUUGAGUACGAGCCAGAUGAGGGGAAAUGACUCAAAAGCCAACAUCAUCCUGACUCUUGAGCAUGAGCCCACAUAACCUCUACAGCCGUUUCGCUGAGGGCGGCCGAUUCCUCUUGAGAUUCAACGAAUGCGGUUGUCAAACAAUUGACGCGAAAAGAUGAAUCGACCUAUUGAACAUCGACUUCGACCUUUUGGAAGAGAGCCUAGAUUUGAAUCAUUGUAUGAUGAGUACCAUCGAACCUCCGAUCCUUACUUCGCAUACGCCUCAACGCCGCCAAGAAGAGCUGCCUUUGAAAGACACGGGCCUGAGUAUCGACUAAGCCGGGGUUUUGAUAGAAGGACUAAGAACAGAGGUCGGAUCCUGAGUCCAGAAAACAUAGAACUUAUGUUCGACUCAAGUAGCGACUAUGAAGACGCGACACACAAGGAUGCCUUACCUUUUGGAAAAGCCAUGAGGAAAUUGCGCACUGUAGUCAAGGAGGCUGGGACCGUUUAUUCUGGAGUUCUCAAAGAGUAUGAUGCCGACGUCCAGAAUGUCAAAAAGUACGCACCAGACAGGAUUGUGAGACAAUUAUGGGGAUUCAAAUUGGAUAGUGUUUCAAAAACUCCAGAGCAGAAGGAGGAUUCAAACCACUGCGACAACCAGCAUCAAGAAGGCAAUAGCGUCAAGAAAGUAAACGAUUCGGGAGACACACUGUAUGAACAGCUCAACCAUCAAAUCUCACAAGUCGUGGAGGCACUGAAGCAGGCACGUAUAUCAACCGUCGGAGAAAAAUCGAGCGCGAAUUUAUACAGAGCAUCGGAAAGAUUGAAGGAAAAGGUCGAUACUACGGGCCGGCAGAUUCUAGAGUUGUUUGAAAGGGUCAGAGACGGAAGUCAAGAAAGUGAAGCUCUUCUGGACGAAUUGAAUGGGUUGUUCAAUUUGCUAGAGAGUAGCAAAAAAUUGUACGCAGUUGAGAAAGAUAGGGGAGACGUGGAGAGUUCGUCGUCAUCCUAGGUCGCCACAAUAGGAUUAUGGAAUGUUCGCGGUGGCAUUGGUCGAUUUCGUGAGGAGAUAGUCGGGUCGAACGUUUCAGAGUACUGAGGACUGAGGAUGAAUGAAAGAUUCGAAUUCAUUAGUAGUAUCCCAAUUCAAAAGGUGAAA